AAAAUGGAAACGAUUAGUGUGUUGUUGACGGGUUUUAUCUUUCUCGUGUCGAUCGUCUAUCUGUACAUACGGAGCCGGCAUAACUACUGGAAGGACAACGGUGUACCGUACGCACCCAAUCCGCACUUCUUCUUCGGCCACGUGAAGGGCCAGGCAAGGACGCGCCAUGGAGCCGACAUCAACCAGGAGCUGUACGAACAGUUCAAGCAACGGGGCCUUCCGUACGGCGGUAUUAGCCUUUUCGUAAUGCCCUCGUUGAUUGUGGUGGAUCCGGAGUUGAUUAAGACGAUCCUCGUGAAGGACUUUAAUGUGUUCCACGAUCGGGGUGUGUUUACGAACCCGAAGCAUGAUCCGUUCACCGGCAAUCUGUUCGGUCUGGAGGGUAAUCCGUGGCGUCUGUUGCGUCAGAAGCUAACGCCAACGUUCACGUCGGGUCGAAUGAAGCAGAUGUUCGGUACGAUCUGGCAGGUAGCACUCGAGCUGGAGCAGUUCAUGGAAGAUAACCAUCGGCAGCCGGAGGUGGAGAUGAAGAACAUCUUGGGACGCUUCUCGACGGAUGUGAUCGGGACGUGUGCGUUCGGGAUCGAGUGUAACACGCUGAAGAAUCCGAGCUCGGACUUCCGGAAGUAUGGCAACAAGGCGUUCGAGGUGAAUGGGGUACAGUUGAUGAAGAUUUUCUUCGCCGCAUCGUAUCCACGCAUCGGCCGAAAGCUUGGCGUCACGGUCACGGAUAGUGGGGUGACCAAGUUUUUCAUGAACAUCGUGGACGAAACGGUCCAGUACCGGGAGCAGAACGAUGUGAAGCGAAAUGAUUUCAUGAAUCUGCUGCUGCAGAUUAAAAACAAGGGAAAGCUAGAUGAUCAAAAUGGUGCGACUGUCGGCAAGGGGGGUAUUGGAUUGUCUCGAGAAGAGCUGGCGGCGCAGGUGUUUAUCUUCUUCCUCGCUGGAUUUGAAACGUCCUCAACCACGAUGAACUUUUGUUUGUACGAGCUUUCCAAGAAUCCGGACAUUCAGGAGCGCUUGCGUGAGGAGAUCAAUCGUGCGAUCGACGAGAAUGGUGGUGAAGUUACGUACGAUGUGGUGAUGAAUAUCCAGUACCUCGACAACGUCAUCAAUGAAACCCUUCGCAAGUACCCACCGGUUGAAACGUUGACACGGAAAACGUCGAAAGAUUAUCUGAUCCCCGGUACGAAGCAUGUCAUUCCCGAGGGUACGAUCGUGCAAAUCCCGGCCUAUGCCAUCCAGCGUGAUCCCGACCACUAUCCCGAUCCGGAACGGUUCGAUCCGGAUCGUUUCACACCGGAGGAGGUGAAGAAACGGCAUCCGUACGUGUUUAUUCCGUUCGGUGAGGGACCGCGUAUCUGCAUUGGGUUGCGGUUCGGGAUGAUGCAGACGAAGGUGGGCCUGAUUACGCUUCUGCGCAAAUUCCGAUUUACGCCAUCUCAUCGCACUCCCGAUAAGAUAGUGUUUGAUCCCAAAGUUUUCACACUGGCCCCUACUGGGGGAAGUUAUUUGAAGGUGGAGAAGGUGGCCACGAAAUGAAUGAAAUUCCGUCCGGCAGUCUCUAGGUAGACGUGUGCUAAGAGACAUCAGUGUCAGGCAAAUCCACAACUUUUAUGUUUCGUUAGAUAACAUUUUAUGAGCAUCACGUUACGCAGCAUAAUCGCA